CCGAGCGGCGCCGGCCCCGGCCGUCAGGGUCAGGGUCUCCACUUGUACGAGCAGGAUUUUGGAAGGACGAUCCGGGGCUCGCUGACCUCGUGACGCCAGUGGGCGGGAGACUGCGGAUUUCGAGCACUAUGCAGGACGUCGCGGCCGCCGGGGGCAUUGCCAAGUUGGUGGGCAGAACGCCGAUGCUGCUUCGUCACGCGCCACUGCUCCGUCGGCAUGCACCGAUGCUGCAGCGCCAUUGGAAUGCCGUGGCCCCGCAUUUGCACCGGCUCCUCGAGCGGGCCAGUCUGCUCGGCACGCAUGCUGACGCGUUCUUCGAAGAGCUACCCGCGCUGCUGCCUUACCUCGGCACGCUGCUCGACGAGCUGCCGCACCUCCAACGCCACAUCGACGGCAUCGCCGAGCAUCGUGCAACCCUCGUGCCGGCCGUUCGCCACCUGGCUCCGCACCUGAGGUACCUGCGGCCUUACUAUGGGCACCUCGCCUCGCGCGGCGCCACCUUGGCGCCCCACGCGGCCCAGAUCGCGCCGCACAUCGGAGAGCUGCUCCCACCGCCUCCGUUCUGGGGCACGCGCCGUCCAACGCUUGUGCAUCCUUCGCAGCUCUCCCUCGCCGCCGCAAAGCUGAACGCGGCCCACGCUUCCUCGGAGCUCGGCCCGCACGACUCGCUGAGCAACCUCAGCGCGCGCGCCUCGGUGAUCCACUCGGAGCGCGGCGAGUCUGAGAUUGGACCAGACGACUCGAUCAGCAACGUCGGCGUGGGCUCGAGGCUGGCGGGCGGCGCCGGCGCCGGCGGCACGUCGCGAUCGGAGGCAGCCGCGUCUACCGUCGGAGGAGGAGGCGACGGCGGCGUCGACCUCACGCAUUUCGGCUUCCUUCUCGCCGAGCUCGAGAGAGGAGGGCUCGAGGAGACGGAGAGCGGGCGGGACAGCUGCGAGGAGGAGGAGGCGCCUCCGCCCGGCGCGGAGGCUGCGGAGGCGAGCGGCGACCUCUGGUCCUCUUUGAAGCGCGGGUGGGGCGGGCUCUUCAAGCCUGCGGCUGGGGAGCCGGUGGCGGUCGCGCCGGCGGCGCGGACAUCGAGACGCGGCGGAGGUCCGGCACAGCGGCGCGGCCGCGCGCAGGUGCUGCGCGAGGUCGGCGAGGCCAUCGACGAGGCGGAGGGGCGGAUGCGGCGGCUCGAGGGGCGGUUCCGCGUCUUCAAGCACGACAUGCACUGGCGGCAGCAGCGGGAGGAAGCGGCCGCGUUGCAGCUGUGCCGGAUGGAGGGCGCGCUCUUUGACGCCGAGGACGCGGCGAUGCUCCUCGAGACGGCCAGCCAUGACUUGCGGCGAGAGAUUGAGAGGCAAACCAUUCUCAUCGGGCCCGAGGCCAUUGCGCGCGGCCGAGACCGCCGCAUCGUCGCACGCGGGUCGCGACCGCCAGGCGCAGCGUUGGCAGAACCACCGGCACAGCAGGACGGGUUUCUGUGGAGGCUACCUCUUUAACAGAGCG